AUGAAUAAAAAGAAAUUAAAAGCACACUUCUUUGUUUUAUAUAUAAUAUGCUCAUGCUUCAUUUUAAUACUUUCUAUUAAACAUGAUAAAUAUAAUAAUGAAUCCAAAAAAAAAAAUUUUUUUUUUAAUAUAAGAACAAAAAUAAUCUUCUAUAAAUUAAAAAAAGUUAACCAAAUUAAAAAUGCUCCUCAGUUAUACAUACAAUUUUACAAACCCAAAUAUUAUAAAACUACGCAUUCUUUAAAGGGCAUAUUUGAUGAAAUAUCAGGAAAUAAAAAUCCAGAAAAUCCAAAAAAUAUAGAUCAAUACAACUUAACACCAAAAUUGAAAAAAACAGUUGAACUCUUUCAAUCGAUGCCCAACAGUCCAUAUUACAAAAGUCAACAAGUGAUAUUAAUGGGAAAAAAAAUUCCACCAAUGCCUGAUAAAUAUAAAAUUAGACAAAAUCAAGUUUUGGGGUGUCAAUCAGUGGUAUAUAUUUACCCAAAAGUAGAAGAAAAUGAAGAUAAAAAAAAAGUUAUUGUAUGGUUGGGUCAUUCAGACGGAUUGUUAACAAAAGGAAUAGUUUACAUAUUAACAGACGGUUUAAGUGGACAUACGCCUGAAGAUAUUUUAAAAGUAAACCCCAAUUUUAUAACACUUACUGGUAUUUCAGAAUUUUUAACAAUGAGCAGAAUAAAUGGUUAUUUAAAUAUUAUGAACAAAAUAAAAAUAUUCUGCACCAAUAUAUUGAAGAAUAUGGACAAUUAA